AUUUUAACGUGUCCGAAGCGUGUCCGUGUCCUAGACAUGUCCGACACCAAUAGUAUGCCCAAAAUGAAGUGCUCAUGCUUCCUAGGUACUCAGUCAUUCCAGUAUAGGGGAAUGAUGCAAACUCUAGAUAUCCCGGUAGUUUUCUCUGCAGCACAGAGCUGCUGCCAUCAGAAUUUCUUAUGGAAGUUUGUAUGACCUCGCCACCUGAGAGAUACUUUUGCUUGAUGAAUGUGUCACCAGAACCUACCUUGGCCGUUGUUGUAGUUGUUUGUGUAUGUGUGUGGCAUUGUAUAUUUAAUGUCCAGAUUGUAUACUUACAAAGCAUUUGCAGGUAAUGAUUGAUUUUCAAUCAGCUGAGAGGCAGAGAUUUGAAGAACCCGCAUCUGAAAUUGGUCUAGAACCUCUAUGUGCCAUGAUUAACAACAAUCUGCGUUGCUAUGAUCUUGCGAUGGAGCUGAGCACCAGCACAAUAGAAGCUCUUCCUCAGAGCUAUGCAGAGCAGGUCAAUUUUGAAGACACUUGUAAAGGUUUUCUGGAGGUUGCAAAGGAAGCUGUGCAUCAAACCGUUAGUGUUAUCUUUGAAGAUCCUGGAGUGCAGGAGUUACUCGUCAAGCUGUAUCAUAAAGAUUGGUUGGAAGGACAGGUUACAGAGUACCUUGUUGCCACAUUUGGUGAUUAUUUUACCGAUGUGAAGAUGUACAUUGAAGAACGAUCAUUUAGGCGUUUUGUUGAGGCUUGCCUGGAGGAAACUGUUGUUGUUUAUGUUGAUCAUCUACUCAUCCAGAAAAAUUACAUCAAGGAAGAAACGAUUGAGAGGAUGAGGUUGGAUGAAGAGGUUCUAAUGGAUUUCUUUAGGGAAUAUAUUACUGUUUCUAAAGUUGAAAACAGAGUACGGAUACUAAGUGACUUGAGAGAUCUUGCUUCAGCUGAGAGCCCGGAUUCUUUCACGCUUGUUUAUACAAAUAUCCUUGAACAUCAACCAAACUGUCCUCCAGAGGUAGUUGAAAAAAUUGUGGGACUGCGAGAAGGCAUACCACGGAAGGAUGCGAAGGAGGUUGUACAAGAAUGCAAAGACAUUUAUGAGCAUUCUCUCGUCGAUGGAAAUCCCUCCAAGACAGGGUUUGUUUUUUCCAAGGUGAAGUGCCUAUCAGCUUCCAAAGUUUCUCUAUGGCGAAAGCUGACUUAG